GAGCAGAUCACAAAGCCCCGAGGAACCUCCAUGGCUUCCUGAAAAGGAGGAAAUGAAGUCGUUCCUGAGAUCGCGCGCUUCACUGUUAAUUAAUACCCGCAAAACCGGGCGCUCCCCAAGAGUACGACCCCCGCGUGCCGCCCACCCCGCGUUUCCAUGCCAACUAGCUCGGGGCCAGCGGGGGCUUCCGCCGCUUCCCAGCUGAAGAGGGGGCUCCGUGUGCCAGUCUCAGGAAACACUCGUUUUGAAAUUUGUUUCUGUCCUGCGGAGAUAAGUGCGCGUUGCUGCAGGGAGAGAUGAAGACGAAAAACCCUUGGCACCGGCCACUGAUCAUCUGCGUCGCCAUCGUUUUCGCUGUGGCCGUGAUUGGCAUGGUGACCACUGGCGUCAUUCAGAACAGACACAUCAGACAAAAGUACAAGUAUGGUAUCGUCCUGGAUGCUGGCUCUUCUCAUACUUCAGUGUACGUGUACCAGUGGCCAGCGGAGAAGGAGAACAACACAGGCAUGGUGCAGCAGACACACGUGUGUAAUGUGAAAGGCAAGGGUAUCUCCAGCUAUGCUGGCAGCCCAGAUGCUGCAGGGAGCGCACUCGGGGAGUGCAUGGAGGAGGCCAGGAGCAAGGUUCCCACUGAGAGACAAAAGGAGACACCUGUCUACCUGGGAGCUACAGCAGGGAUGAGGUUGCUAAGGAUGGAGAACCAGUCAGCCUCAGACCAGGUCCUGGCAUCAGUAGAGAACUUCCUCAAGGUGACCCCAUUGUCCUACCAGGGAGCCUGCAUCAUCACGGGCCAGGAGGAGGGCGCCUACGGCUGGAUCACUGUCAAUUAUCUUGGUGAUAACUUCCGUAAGGCCCAGAGGACCAUGGGGGCCCUGGACCUGGGUGGAGCGUCUACUCAGAUCACAUUUGUAUCUGGGGUGGAGGCACAGUCCCCUCAGGACUUCAUCCAUUUCCGCCUGUACGGGAAUGAGUACCACGUGUACACUCACAGCUUCCUGUGCUAUGGCAAGGACCAGGCGCUCAGGCUGGCCCUGAGUCACAGGCUGCGGGCACUGCCAGAGACCACAAACAGCACCCUGCUAGACCACUGCUUCCACACGGGCUACAGGAAACAGAAGGACCUGUCCGAUGUCUAUGACAGCCCCUGUGUAUCCAAGCAAGGGACUCCAACUGGAACCUUCAUCCAUCAAGGUGCAGGGAACUGGAGUCUCUGCCAUCAGCAUGUACAAGGCCUCUUCAACUUCAGCCAGUGUGCCAAGAGGAGCUGCUCCUUCAAUGGGGUCUUCCAGCCCCCACUGCAGGGGACUUUUGGGGCUUUCUCUGCUUUCUUCUUUGUGAUGAACUUCUUGAACCUGACUUCCGGGUCCCUGGAUGAUGCAAAGCAGAGGCUGACUAGUUACUGUUCUACGCCCUGGGAAAAGAUCCAGAAGGACCACCCUAAAGUUAAGGAGAAGUACUUGUCUGAAUACUGCUUCUCAGGGACCUACAUCCUCACGCUGCUUGAAGAUGGAUACAACUUCACCUCGGAUACCUGGAAGGAAAUCAAGUUCAUCAAAAAGAUCGGAGACAGUGAUGCUGGCUGGACUCUGGGCUACAUGCUGAACAUGACCAACAUGAUUCCAGCGGAGGCCCCUGACAGGCCGCCCCUCCCCCACUCCGGCUACGUGGCCGUCAUGGUUCUGCUAGCCCUCCUGCUUCCCGGCCUGCUCUUCCUUGGUUAUCGCUUGUUCAGGCGCUCUGGUUCUGCUUCUCGAAAGCAGAUCGUUUAAGUUUCGUUACACGAUGUAGAUACCGUGGGUGGGGCUGGCUUCAGUGUUUUUACUUUUAUUAGUGGGAUGGGGGCCUGGAUUCGGGACCUUUUGCAGACCCAUACUCAUUUCUUCCAUGACUGUGAUUGCAGAAUCAGAGGUAGAUGGUCCACCCUCUAAGGUCAGUUAGCACACCUGUCCAGAAGUCUGGAUCUGCGGGGCAGGACUGUGCACUACCAUCAAGGAGCAGGGCUCUAGGGUCCA